AGGUGGCCCUGGAAGAGGGGGUGGGGGGUGGGUCCCGAAACACCUGGGUGUACCCCAGCCUCUCCGGCCGACCCCCCUGGGCGUGGGGAUCGUUUAUCCACUCCACGGCCCCUGAGGACUUAGGACUCCGAGGCCACUCUGGGUCCCAGGCUUCAUGCCUGUCCCCUGCAGUGCUUUGGGACCCCAGCAUCUCCGAACCCCCCCUCCCCCCCCCCCGUAAAAAAAUUCCCAUCCUCUGCAGCCGGGAGAGGCAUCAGGGACUUCAACUUCCAGCAGCCCCUGCAGCGCCAGGGCCUGUAAAGUAGCUGCAGUGCGAGCCCACGGCCCGCCGGGAAUUGUAGUCUCUAAGCUCCACGGGAGGUGGGGGCCCCGGAGGUGGGAGCGGGUGGCUGGAUCUCCCCGGGUGCCCUGGGGUCAGCAGCUGGCCAGAAUCGGACAAGAUGUGAGGCUCGGGUUAAGCUUCUUCUCCCGCCAACGGCCCUCAGAUCCGGCACCCCCCUCUCACCACCUGGCGCUCGCGUGGGGACGGGUCCACAGUCCCUGGCCCGCCCUCCAACCCCCAUGGGCUGCCGCCCGCCGCCUCGGCUGCCACCCAGGAGCCGGCAGGGAUAAGCGCAGGACCCACCGGCCACCAUGUCAGGAGACUACGAAGAUGACCUCUGCCGACGGGCACUCAUCCUGGUCUCAGACCUCUGUGCCCGGGUCCGAGACGCCGACACCAGCGACAGGUGCCAGGAGUUCAACGACCUGCGAAUCCGGGGCUACCCCCGGGGCCCCGAUGCAGACAUCUCUGUGAGCCUGCUGUCCGUCAUCGUGACGUUCUGCGGCAUCGUCCUGCUGGGCGUGUCCCUCUUCGUGUCCUGGAAGCUGUGCUGGGUGCCCUGGCGGGACAAGGGCUCGGCGGUGGGCGGCGGCCCCCUGCGCAAGGAGCUGGGCCCCGGGGUGGGGCUGGCGGGCCUGGUGGGCGGCAGCGGGCACCACCUGGGGGCCGGCCUGGGGGGCCACCCCCUGCUGGGGGGCCCGCACCACCAUGCCCACGCCGCCCACCACCCGCCCUUCGCCGAGCUGCUGGAGCCGGGCGGCCUGGGGGGCUCCGACGCCCCGGACCCCUCCUACCUGGACAUGGACUCCUACCCAGAGGCCGCCGCCGCCGCCGCCGCCGCCGUGGCCGCCGGGGUCAAACCCAGCCAGACGUCGCCGGAGCUGCCCUCCGAGGGCGGCGGGGCCGGCUCGGGGCUGCUCCUGCUGCCCCCUAGCGGCGGCGGUUUGCCCAGUGCCCAGUCCCAUCAGCAGGUCACCAGCCUGGCACCCACCACCAGGUACUCAGCCCUGCCUCGGCCCCUCACCCAGCAGACCCUGACCACCCAGCCAGACCCGGGCAGCGAGGAGCGGCCGCCCGCCCUGCCCUUGCCCCUGCCGGGCGGCGAGGAGAAGGCCAAGCUCAUCGGGCAGAUCAAGCCGGAGCUGUACCAGGGCGCGGGCCCCGGUGGCUGGCGCGGUGGCGGGGCCCCGGGCCCCGGGGAGGCGGGCGCCGGCGCGCCCUGCGGCCGCAUCAGCUUCGCCCUGCGGUACCUCUACGGCUCCGACCAGCUGGUGGUGCGCAUCCUGCAGGCCCUGGACCUUCCGGCCAAGGACUCCAAUGGCUUCUCAGACCCCUACGUCAAGAUCUACCUGCUGCCCGACCGCAAGAAGAAGUUCCAGACCAAGGUGCACAGGAAGACCCUGAACCCCGUCUUCAACGAGACGUUCCAGUUCGCGGUGCCCCUGGCCGAGCUGGCCCAGCGCAAGCUGCACUUCAGCGUCUACGACUUCGACCGCUUCUCCCGGCACGACCUCAUCGGCCAGGUGGUGCUGGACAACCUGCUGGAGCUGGCGGAGCAGCCGCCCGACCGCCCGCUAUGGCGGGACAUCGUGGAGGGCGGCUCGGAAAAGGCGGAUCUUGGGGAGCUCAACUUCUCACUCUGCUACCUCCCCACGGCCGGCCGCCUCACCGUGACCAUCAUCAAAGCCUCUAACCUCAAAGCCAUGGACCUCACCGGCUUCUCGGACCCCUACGUGAAGGCCUCUCUGAUCAGCGAGGGGCGGCGCCUCAAGAAGCGGAAAACCUCCAUCAAGAAGAACACGCUGAACCCCACCUACAACGAGGCGCUGGUGUUCGACGUGGCCCCUGAGAGCGUGGAGAACGUGGGGCUCAGCAUCGCGGUGGUGGACUACGACUGCAUCGGCCACAACGAGGUCAUCGGCGUGUGCCGCGUGGGCCCCGACGCCGCGGACCCGCACGGCCGCGAGCACUGGGCGGAGAUGCUGGCCAACCCGCGCAAGCCCGUGGAGCACUGGCACCAGCUGGUGGAGGAAAAGACUUUGACCAGCUUCACGAAAGGCGGCAAAGGAUUGUCAGAGAAAGAGAAUUCAGAAUGAGGGGUCCGGCCUAAGCCCGGGAUCGGACCAGGCCCCUCCGGACCCCCUUCCUUCCUGCCCGGACCAUGAACUCAUCUCAAAGCCAUAACGUCCGAGCUGCGUGGUGCGGGGGCCCCGGGCCCGCCCGUCCCUGUGCCCCGGAGGCCGGAGGGCGGGCGGCCCGCGGCCCAGCUCCCUGUGUCAGGGCGGGGGCGUUUAGUCUCCUCUGUGUCCGUCUGUCCUUCCCUGGGGCUCCCCUUCCAGGCAAGGGGCCGUGCAUGUCUGGGGGACCCCAGCCCCCCAAACCUCCGUCUCUCUCUCUGUCUUUUGCCGUUUGUUGAAGACUUGGUGUCCUGACCCCCGUUCCCACCUCGAAUGUCAACGGACCAAUCCCCAGACACACACACACACACCUGAGUGUACCCCUCUGUGCACCUCCCCCCGCGUCUGGCCGAUCCCCCCACUGCUGCUGCUAUCAACACCGGAAUAAACACCGUGGGUCUCACUCCA